AUGGCCACCGACACACAGCGCCCGCAGCGUACUGCGGAAGAAGUGGCGGCUUUGUUCAACGAUGAGCAGUUCGUCAAGAGGUACUCUUCGGCGGAGAAGAUGACGGGACACUUCGGCAAGAUCCUUGUCGAGACCGUGUUCGGACAUGUCUCCGACGACGAGAAGCUGGUCGUGCUCGACUCGGCCUGCGGCCCCGGUAUCGUGUCGAAGCACUUGAUGGACCGCCUGGGCGAGCAGGCCAAGGACAACCUCGAGCUCACAUGCGCCGACUACGCCGAAGCAAUGCUCAAGGCGGUGGACCGACGCAUCGAGGCCGAAGGGUGGAAGAACGCGAAGACGGUCCACGCCAACGCCGUCGACACCAAGCUGCCCAGCGAGCACUACACGCACAUCACCAUGAGCUUCGGCCCCUUUGUGUUCUCGGACGCGAAGCAGGGCCUGGACGAGUGCUCUCGCCUGCUGAAACCCGGCGGGACGCUGGCCAUGAAUUCGUGGCAAAGCGUCGGCUGGACCUCAGACAUCCGCGACGCCCUCGCGACCGACCCGAUGCUUCCCCCCGUCCCCAGCGACGCGGAACUCCUCAAGUCCAUUUCAAGCGAUGGGAACUGGGACGACAGAGCGUGGAUUGCCGAUUUCUUGCCUCGAAACGGUUUCGUCGACGUCAAGGUCACACCUAUCCCCCACCAGACCUCGCUGGCUGGCGUGAGCGAGCUAAUGUCCCUCUUCCAAGGGUUCACCAUGCUACUCGUCAGAAAGGACUGGAGCGAUGAGGAGAAGAAGGAUUUCGAGAAGCGCGCCCGGGUCGCCAUUGAGAAGUACAUGAGUGAAAAAUAUGGAGAUGGUGAAAUCAAGUGGGAUUGGGUUGCCCUGAUGACAACGGCAAAGAAACCUGCGUAA